AUGACUUCCGUCUUCCGAAAUGGUCGCAUUCUUGUGCCCUCCUCACCCUCGACCAAGGGUGCCAAUGAGUUUGCCGAGGGCAUGAUUAUCAAUAAUGAUCGCAUCUCUUACGUUGGCUCGCUAGACGAUGCCCAGAUCCCUGCGGACGCCAAUAUUGUCGAUCUGGACAACCGCGUUGUGGUCCCUGGCUUCAUUGAUGCCCACGUACACAUCUUGCAUUUCGGCCAUUCUUUGCAAAAGGUCGACCUCAUCGAAUGCACAUCUCUCGAACAGAUCCGCGCAACAAUCAAAGCCUACGCUGAGGCUAACCCGUCCGUGCCGCAAAUAUUUUGCCGAGGAUGGAUUCAAUUAUCGACGAAAGGCGUUGCGCUAGCAAGCAUGCUUGAUGAUCUUGACCCGCGGCCUAUUUUCAUUGAUUCCUUCGAUCUGCACUCCAUGUGGUGCAACUCGGCUGCUCUGGAAGGAAUGGGGGCCUAUACCGCCCCCGAUCUUCCGGGUGGCUGUAUUCAUCGUGAUGAGAACGGAAGACCUUCCGGUCUUCUAGAUGAGUCUGCUGCACUAAACAUGGCCUGGCCCUAUGUGGAGAAACUCUACUCCAAAGAAGACAAGCUUGCUGCAUUGGACAAAGCUAUUCACGCCUACACUGCCGCUGGCUAUACCGGCGUUGUGGAUAUGGCCAUGGAUGAAGCCACCUGGGAGAUUCUGAACGAGUAUCGCCGCGAUAAGCAUAUUCCGUUCCAUAUUGCUGCCCAUUGGCUUGUACCAUAUACCGAUGAUCAGAAAGUCAACUUCACCUACGUCGAUCGCGCAGUUGAGUUGCGAAAGCAGUACACGGAGCCGGAUUUCUGUAUCGCUGGAAUCAAGCUCAUUUGCGACGGAGUUGUUGAUGGAUGCACUGCUGCUCUGCUUCAGCCGUACACCGGAAAAUCUGAUCCAGUUGAGCCCAUUUGGCCUGAGCAUCAGCUGCGUGAAGUUGUCCAGCGAGCCGAUUCAGCUGGACUACAGUGUGCAAUUCAUGCUAUUGGCGAUCGCGCCGUUCGCCAAUCUAUUGACGUUCUCUCACAAGUCGGAACCCCCGGUCGGAGGCACAGAAUCGAACAUUUAGAAAUGACGACUUCCGAGGACGCGAAGCGUCUUGGUGAACUAGGAAUCACAGCCUCGGUCCAACCCGUCCAUUCUGACCCAGCACUAUUCAAAGCAUGGCCCAGUCUUGUCGGACCCGAUCGAUGCAAGCGCGCCUUUGCAUACAAAGAGUUCAUGGACGGGGGUGCACCUAUUGCAAUUGGAACUGACGCGCCAACUGCGCGUAAUCUGCCUUUCCCCAACCUCUACAAUGCGACUACUAGGCGAUCGGCACUUGAGCCUGAAUCGACAGCGACUGUUAACGCUCACUUCGGCAUAACUUUGGCUGAAGCUGCGACUGCUGCAACUGCUGGAGCAGCAUAUGCACGCUUUGCGGAAUCCUGGACUGGAAGUUUGCGAGAGGGCCUGUAUGCCGAUUUUUUGAUAGUCGAUGCGCAUUGGACUCCCGAGAAGCUUCUUGAGGCAAAGGUGUGCCAGACUUGGUAUCGGGGGAAGAAGGCAUACGACUCAACUGAAGCUACAAGUGCCUAG